AGAAACUCAGAGCCGGCGGGUUGAAAAGAGGGGAAAUGGGUCAAAUGCUGAGCGUUUUCGGAUCAAUGGUUGAAGAGAAAAGCAAGAUGAUCGAAUGGUGAGAGGGGGAAAAAUUACAAAAAAACCAUAGCGUUUUCUUUUUCCUUGAUAUAGAAGGGGAUUUAUAGUAAUUUGUAUGGGGGUGUUUUUUUCCUUCUCCGAAGUUCUCUUCUUCCUUUCACUGUGAAUAAAAAAGGGGAAAAGGAAGAGAAAGUAACUGAAAGUCAGAAAACCCCAUCUGUUCCCUAAGCUGCCUCUUUCUUCCAAGUCUUCCAUCUUUUUCUCUUCUAUCUUUCAGUGAGUGUGAUUUGGUUUUUAACUCAAAUCUCCUUUUUCUUUCCCUUUUGUAGAGAUACAUUGGAAAUUUACGCACUGGAGCUGAAAAUUCUAGCCAUGACCAUUUUAAAAGACAUGGCAACAGACGGCAUUUUUAAGUGGGAGAACAACAGACGGCAUUUUUAAGUGGAAGACAGCUGAUGGAUGGAGUUCUGAUUGCUAAUGAGGUGAUCGACGAAGCAAAAAAGAAGAAGAGGAAAACAAUUAUGUUUAAGAUUGACUUUGAAAAGGCCUAUGAUAAGGUUAGCUGGGAAUUCCUGGAAUAUAUGAUGCAGAGGAUGGGAUUCUGUGACAAGUGGAGGAAGUGGAUUGGAGAGUGCUUAAGAACAAGCCUUGUAUCAGUUCUGGUCAAUGGUAGCCCAACAAGGCAAUUUAGUGUUUCAAAAGGUCUUAGACAAGGAGAUCCCCUAUCACCCUUCUUAUUCCUAAUCAUUGCAGAAGGUUUAAAUGGGCUGGUAUGCAAUGCAACUCAAAAAGGAUUGUUGGAGGGAGUCGAAGUGGGAAGCAAAGGUCUGAAAUUGUCACAUCUUCAAUUUGCAGAUGACACAAUCCUAUUUGGAGAAGCUACUGAGAAAAAUGUCCUAGCAAUGAAAGGAAUUCUGAGAGCAUUUGAAAUAGUCUCUGGACUUAAGGUUAGUUUUAACAAAAGCCAACUGAUGGGAAUCUGUGUACAAGAGGAAUGGUUGGAUAGAAUGGCAUGGCUGCUGUGCUGCAAAAAAGGAAGUAUGCCGUUUAAGUAUCUAGGCAUCCCUAUCGGGGGGAAUCCGAGGAGAAUAGCCUUCUGGAAACCAUUACUGGAAACCUUCAACAAGAAGCUUCACACUUGGAAGGGUCGGUUUCUUUCUCUUGGUGGUCGGAUAACUCUUAUUAACUCAGUACUGUCCAGCCUCCCCGUGUUUUGGAUGUCACUGUACCUACUCCCGAAAGGGGAAGGGGCAGGAGUUAGUUUUUGGUGGGAUGAGUGGGGUGAGGGAGAAAGUCUUGCUAACAAGUUUCCAAGACUUUACACAUUGUCUACAGGAAAGAACAACAGCAUAAAUCAAAUGGGAGGGUGGCAAAAUGCAUCAUGGGUGUGGAAACUAACAGAAGGAAAAGGAAGGAUGGGAGUGCAUAUGGUUUGCCACAAUAUGGACAAUAUGGCUAACAAGAAACGGGAGGGUAUUCAAAAGAAAGGAAACAGACAGAAGAAAAAUGCUAGAGCUGGCCUCACCAUCCUGCUUCAGAUAAAUGAAGUAAAGGGCCUCCAAAUAAAAAAAGAUGGCAAAUGGGUUCCAACUAAGCCUCUCCCAAAUGCCUUCAUCAUCAACAUUGGAGACGUUUUGGAGGUUAUAACAAAUGGAGCAUAUCGUAGCAUCACUCACCGCGCGACAAUUAACUCAGAAAGAGAAAGGCUCUCUGUUGCCACAUUCUAUAACCCGAAGUAUGAAGGGGAAAUAGGUUGCAAGAAACUUGAUCUCUCAGCAAAAACCAGCGUUGUUCAAGAGAUUGGGGGGCUGAAUUUCAAAGUAGCCGGAGGAGGAAGAAAGAAAGAGGGGGAAGAAGGUUCGGUGGGUCACAGUAGGAGGAGGAAGAAAGAGAAAGCAAUAAGGGGAAGAAGAGAAAGGGGGGAGGAUCCUAGCUUGGCUGGGUUUGGUUAGCAGAGGAGGUAGCAGUAGGAGGAGGAAGAAAGAGAAAGAAAGAGGAGGAAGAAAAUAGGGGGAGAGGUUUUUUUAUUUUUUUAUUAAAAAUAUAAAGAUUUAUUUACA